GCUGAGCUCAUCACACAGAACACGAUCCUCACGCUUCGGUCACAUCGCCAUCGGCCGCUCAAAGGAGCAGCGAGAGACGAUGCAGUCCGUGGUUGCCAGAUACCUGCCCCAGCAGCGUUUCUGCCAGCCUCCGUCGCAGCUCGACACGCUCAUCGUAGAUCAGCUCGGCUGCAUGAUCAUCGCAGGUUCGCGCACCACAUACCAGGAGGUGAUGCAGAUGUUCAUUACGAUUAGCGUGGAGGCCGGGUCGACGGCGUACUCGCCCGGGGGUGACAGGGAUGAGAAGCACCAUGGCUAUAGGCACGUGUCCGGAGCUGUCGUGAAUGCGCUCGCUAACAUUGCGGCGAGCCUGCAGGGUGAUGAGGGGCUCAUGGAGUUGCUUACAAAGCUGCUUGAGCUGUUUGUACUCGUCGGUCUAGAGGGCAAGCGUGCGAGCGAGAAGGCACCAACUCCACUCAAGGCAUCGAGCAGUGCAGGAAACCUGGGUGUGCUUAUACCCGUUAUCGCCGUGCUAGUUCGCCGUCUACCCCCGAUCACGAACCCCACCCCGCGCCUACAGAAACUCUUCAGGGACUUCUGGCUCUAUUGUGUCGUCAUGGGCUUCGCCAUGGAAGAUUCCGGUCUGUGGCCGAAGGAACUCUUCGAUGGUGUUUGUGAGAUUGCUACGAAGUCGCCACUGCUUAUCUCUAAGGAGCAUCUGCGUUCUGAGCUUCUCUACAAUUCGGCUCUGAGAAACGACAGCAUCACCCCUGCAGACUUGCAUGAAUGGCGUAGUCGCAUUCUCAAUCAUCUAGACCAUCCCGCUGAGAUCGUGCCUGUAGUAAAGUAUCUCAACUUUGCGCAGUGUGUCUACGUGCUGUCUGUCUACAAGCUGGAAACGCUGAGAGUCAAGCACUCAAACGAUGCCACAAGUUUCCACUGCAUAUUUCAAUAUCUGGAAGAUUCAGCAAUACAGAAAGACAAAGCCGGCAUGUGGCAAUGCAUCAACGCCGUUGCCAACAAGUCUUUCCUCGCCUUCCUGGACAAGAUGGUGAACAAGCCAGCCGUGGCCGAGCGUGACCGUGAGCUGGAGACCCACGCGCAGUUCCUUCUCAUCAAGUUCAACCACACCCUGAGACGCAUCCGUAGAGUCGCCGAUACAUUCCUCGCCGGCCUCGUCGACAAGUUUCCUCACCUGCUGUGGAGUGGUCGUGUGCUAAACACCAUGCUGGAUAUUUUGCAGAUUCUCUCCAGUGCCCUGCAAUCUAAUCCGAAUCAGGUCAGUGGAGCAAUCAGUAUACCCAAUGUAUCGUACACCCUCACUCUGAUGGAUACCUUAGGGGCAAGAGAGAACAUCGUGCGUGACUUUGCGGCGCGCUGUCAGGGCAUCAUCCAGGAGGCUGCGCGUUGGGCUCCGACGGCGACGCACGCGCACCUGCAGGAGUAUCUCAACCGCCUCGACAACGACGGCACGGGUCUGAGCCAGCACAGCGGCCUGGCGCUCGCCACCGAGAGCGUGCUGCAGUUCGCCGGCUUCAACAGGAACGCGGCGCCCUACGAGAAGAGUGUCACGCUGGAGCGGCGUCCAUCCUGCGUCACCAAAGACUCGUCACGCUUCGUCGCAGCCCUGUCGCUGCGCAGCCGAUACUGCGGAGAGCUGGCAGGCAUGAGGCAAGCGUACGCGGCCUGCGGUAAACAGGACUCAGACCUUGCCGCACUACUGUGCAGUGAACUCGAUCAGGCCUGUCAGGAUCAAGAUGGAGAGAAAUUCAAGUCGUCUAUAUUUCGCAUCUGCGCACUGCUCAUCGCUUGCACGGAUCACGACCGACAGCUUCUGCACGCCCUCUGCUGGGCACCAGUGAAACUAUUCGCAGAGACUGCAAUGGAGUCAACGAUCGCCUGCUGGGAGUGGCUGCUUGCGGCGCGACCUCAGUUUGAACUUCAGUUGCUAGGGGAAAUGGCGAGUGCGUGGCAGAUGACCAUAGAGCUGAGGCUGGGCAUGUUCUCAGUGGACAAGGAGGAGCCAAGUCCUCUGGCAGCACACGAAGGAGUCUCCCUAAAGCCAGACCCCCCUUACGUUGCGCCACACAUCCUGUGGACUAAGUUUCUAGAGGAGCGGAUCAACAUUGCCAAGUACUGCAGCACAGACCAGGUGCAGCUGUUUGCGACCAUGCUGCAACGUUCCAUGGCCAUGAGCGUCGGAGUCGGACACAAUCUCAAGUGCCGACACAUUGCUGCCCUCGAGCCUAGGUUCAGACUGCUGUCUUGUGGGCUAUCACUACUACAGAGUGACAUCCUUCCUAAUGGCAUCAGCAAAAAUGCCCUGCGAGAGAGAAUAUACUCUGCCACCAAUGACUACUUUUGUCUGCCACCCAUGUGCCCCACACAGACACCCGGGGCGCUGCGAGCGGCCAUCUUGUGUCUGGUGCAGUUCUGGCAGACGAUGCGUUCGGACAAGAAGUACCUGCGGGCAAAUGUCGUAACUAUGGUAACCAACAUGAACAUCGCAGGUACUAGUGGCACUAUGAAGCAGUCGCCAGAGCCAUCGAUUGCAGAGGAGGGCUUUGUUGCCGUGGUAGCGCAGAGCGCGCUGCAGGCGCUGGCACCUGACCUGCGUGCGAGUCAGGAUCUGAGUGUGUCCCUGAAGCCAGGCAGUGGCUGGAUGAACAUCCCGCUGGCACCUAGCGAGCGAUCGGGCUACUCGAAACGCUCCUCAGGUCGCUCUAAGCGUGCGAUUCAGCAGGACGGUGAUGUGUUCGUGAAGGAAUACAUCAAGAAGCGCAACCUAAUUCUAGCAUUGGUGGCGGUGGAGGUGCAGCGGCUGUGCACGUGGCACAAUCCUCAGUCACUGCCUGAGCUGAACGUGCCCGAGCAGGAGAAGAUAUACGCGUGGCUAUCGAUGCCCGUCAACGAACGCGUGUGGAGAGACAAUGCUCGUCUCGCCUGGGACAUCUCACCGUCGCUAGCCAUCCAUCUGCCCAUGAGGUUCCGUAACUCGGACGCGCUGGUCAAGGAGGUCACCCGACUGGUGCGCUUGAACCCGGUGGAGGUCAGCCACAUUGCGGCGGCGAUUCGAUACCUAGUGACCGCUCACAGCGUGGAGGCUGAUGCACCAGAGCUGACACACGUUCUGACAUGGGCGCCAGUGCCACCAGUGGCAGCGUUGUCGUAUUUCUCACGCCAGUUUCCCCCGCACCCUCUCACCGCCCAGUACGGAGUCAGGGUGCUACGCACGUAUCCACCGGAUGCAAUUUUGUUCUACAUUCCACAGCUGAUUCAGGCUGUUAGAUAUGAUACAAUGGGCUACGUAACGGAGUUCAUUGAAUGGGCAGCUAAGAAAUCUCAGCUCCUCGCCCAUCAGAUGAUCUGGAACAUGAAGACGAACAUGUAUCAGGACGAAGAUGCAGAGCAGAAGGAUCCCGACAUCUACGAUGCGUUGGAUCGUAUAAUCAGUAACAUCACCAAUAACCUCUCAGGCCCAGCCAAGGCAUUCUACGAACGGGAAUUCGAUUUCUUUGGGAAGAUCACAAACAUUUCGGGAGAAAUAAGGCCGUAUCCGAAAGGACCCGAGCGCAAGGCGGCAUGCCGUGCUGCCCUGAGUCUUAUCAAGGUGCAACCAGGCUGCUAUCUGCCAUCAAAUCCCGAAGCCAUUGUCGUUGCCAUCGACUACGAGUCGGGCAUCCCGAUGCAGAGUGCUGCUAAGGCUCCAUUCCUCGCGAGAUUUUGGGUGCAGAAGUGCAGUCUGCACGAGCUGGAGCAACGUGGCAUGGCAAUCACUGACGGCCGUGUCGACGAUACCAUCGUCGACACAGAACUUCUGCGCACGCAGGCCUGCAUAUUCAAGGUUGGCGACGACGUGAGGCAGGAUAUGCUCGCGCUGCAAGUAAUCGGUCUACUGAAGAACAUCUUCCAGCAAGUUGGGUUGGACUUGUAUCUGUUCCCGUAUAGGGUAGUGGCUACAGCACCUGGUUGUGGUGUCAUAGAGUGUGUGCCAAACUCCAAAUCCAGAGAUCAGCUUGGGCGGCAGACGGACAUAGGAUUGUACGAGUAUUUCCUGAAGACAUACGGGGAUGAAACAACACAAGCAUAUCAAAAGGUGCGGUACAACUUCAUCCGCAGCAUGGCCGCCUACAGUGUCUUCGUGUUUCUGCUGCAAGUGAAGGAUCGUCACAAUGGCAACAUCAUGGUCGACACUGCGGGCCACAUCAUUCACAUUGAUUUCGGCUUCAUGUUUGAGAGCUCACCGGGUGGAAACCUCGGUUUCGAGCCGGACAUCAAGCUUACCGACGAGAUGGUGAUGAUCAUGGGCGGAAAGAUGGAGGCACCGCCGUUCCGCUGGUUCAUGGAACUGUGUGUGCGAGCCUAUCUGGCUACUAGGCCGUACCAAGAGGCAAUCGUGUCGCUGGUGUCGUUGAUGAUGGACACCGGUCUGCCGUGUUUCCGCGGUCAGACAAUAAAGCAGCUGCGGCCUCGCUUCAACCCGCGCUCGUCCGAACGCGAGGCGGCAGACUACAUGAUGGAUAUCAUCCGCAAGUCGUUCCUCAACUACAGAACGCGCGCUUAUGACUUGAUCCAGUACUAUCAGAAUCAGAUUCCCUGCUAAGCUAUGUAGUCAUAUUGUGCUAUAUCGGUGUGAACUGGCGUGUGUGUGCGCGCGUGUUGCGUGUGCGUGCGUGCGUGCGUGUGUGCGUGCGCGUGUAG